AAAUAAUUUCUCUCACUAAACAAAUCAUGACACAUGUGAAGUGGAGUAAGCAUAUCAAUUCCGAGGUUUGUGAUGCUGUUUUUCCUUUGUCGUGCUGUGUAAUUACGAUAUCGCCUUUGGGAAAACCGAGAAUCGGAACGUUAACCCUUGGGAGAAGUUUACAGUCCCUGAAUACACCAUGUUUUCUUGUUUACACUUCUCACGGGGCACCUCCUUAUACAACCUUAGAUAACUUACGUACUAUAAAUCCAAAACUUACCGCUGUUCAGCUUUGCUUGGCUACUUUAUUCGAUAUCUUGAUUACUUCUGCUUCCAACUACCCUAUAUCCUCAUUUCGCAAGUUCUUUGGACUAGAGGGGUUUUUACUUUUUUUUACACUGAGCGACCCAAUGCUAGUACUUCCAGAGCAUUUUAAUACAAAAAAACAUAUUAAAAUUAAUAGCGUCAACGGCCGAACUAAGAUAAGUUCUCGUGUUUAUAUGAAACUAGUGGAAGAACUAAAUCCGGAUGUCUUCUGCCCGCUUAUUGAUAAUAUCCCUUUACAUUGCCCUAAAUAUAAAGAUAAGGAGGCCGUUAAUAGGACUUUAAUGCUUCUUGAUGAUUGUAUCCUUGCUAUGAAAGACCACCCUGAUCUCCAAAGCAGUGCCUUAUUUGGAGUUAUUCAAGGAAACAGUUCUAUCGAAGGGAGGCGAAGAUCUGCUUAUGAAACUUCAAAAAGAGAUGUUGACGGAUUUUUACUUGAAAAUUUUGGUUCGCAUCUUAAACGUGAUGUUUUUAGAACCCUUCUCUCUACCGUCGUGGUGAUUUAUCAUGAACUUUCUGCGGAGAAGCCCCGCAUGAUCAGUACGUUUGGGAUUCCGGAACUUGUUUUGGACGCUGUUGAGUUUGGAAUUGAUAUAUUUGACGGCACGUAUGUACCGUGCCGUCUUGUUAUAUUAUUUUUGCAACUUUUGUUGAAUCUAAGGUACCCCCUUCUGAUGGCUGAGGACGGUAACGCCCUAACUUUUUACAUACCGGGUCACUCGGUUUGCCGAAUGACAAUCUCUAAGGCAAAGCACAUAAGCCUGUGGGAUGACAUCUUCCUUGACGAUGUAAACCCUCUUUGCCCUGGUUGUUCCUGUAUGGCCUGCACUGAUUAUUCAAGGUCCUAUGUGCAUCACCUGCUUUCCACUCAUGAAAUGCUGGCUAAAGUCCUUCUUACCCUGCACAAUCUGCAACUUUAUGAAAACUUUUUUUGCGCGAUUCGAUCCUCGAUAAAAGCAGAACGUUUUUCUACUUUUAAGGAGACUUUUGAAAAGUUUUAUUUAUAAUUUUUAAAGUGUUAAUUAAU